AGCUUCUUCCAAAAACUAGUGGCAAGAAAUUACCACUGUUGGAGAAAGGUACCUGCAUUGAGGAGAGAAUUAGUCUUUGAAACUACCUAUGGUGGUUUUAGAAGACCAGAAGUGUAUGGGUGUUCAAGAAAGAAUGGUUCAGUGAGAAUAAGAUUGUACAUUUGGCAAGGGAAUAAUGGCUUAAAUUCACUUCAGUUGUGGAGGAGGGAGAAGGAGACCUUGCUAGUUGUUCGAUGGAUUCUGGAGAAGGCCAAGCAUCAAAACAUGACUUCUGUCUGCUGCUAUUUGGAAGAUAGAGGCAUGGUACUUAAGCUUAACCAAAAAACCUCAUUUAAUAGCAGUUAUAACAUUAUUGUUGAGGAUAUCUUUGUGCUUUCU